GGCAGUUGAAGUCCAAAACGCCUGGAGGGAGGCCCAAGUUGUCGCAUGCCUGAGAGAUAGACGCCGACCGCGCUCCCAUUGGCUGCUCGCUGCCGGCUUCCCCUCCCUUCUUUGAAGCCGGGACUCCAUUUCCCAUCAGGACCCGCGCGGAGGAGGGCUUCCUCGACUCUGAGGCGGGAAAGGAUGGCUGCAGCCAGCGCUGAGGGCCCGUUGGGAAUGGAAGGUUUUGUCCAAAGCCUCUUCCAAGGCAAGCCGGAUCUCAGUACCCUCACUCUCACUAUCAUCCGUAAAAAGUACCUUCUCCAUACUGGAAAAAAAACUCUGACGAAGGAGGAGAAGGAGCAACUCAAAGAUCUGGUGGAAGUGGAACUGAUGAAGAUUGAUGAUGCCCCAGAUAAUCAGGAAGUCCCCAUUUCGGGCAACUCGAGAGGUCGCAAACGAUCCUGUCGCCCCUCUGAUAGCUCUGGCGAUGAAGUCAAAGGCAGACAAGAGCAGAAGAAACAACGGACUGGAAAGGACAUAGAAACCAAUUCUGAUGAAGAUGAUUCUGGGAUUGACUCUAAGAAGCUUCCACUUCGUGUUGGCUCAAAACAUGCUGGGAAGUCCUCAGAUUGUUCUGAGCAGGAAGACAGUGGAGCAGAGGGCCAUACAGAUGGAUCAGAGAGCGAUGGGAUAAUCUCAAAGAGCAUAAGAAGGAAACCACGUCAAAGAGCAAGAAAUGAGAAGCAGAAAGGUGGCAAGAAAUUUCAAGGGCCUGGUGACAAGAGACCGAGAGGCAAAUUGGGGAGUGAGUCUGAGGAAACGACCGAAGAGCAACAGAGUGAUUCAGAAGAAGAGAUUGAAGAAGAAGCCAAGUCAGCAAACGGACGAAGCUCUAAGUCAGAAAGUGACUCUGAGCAGGAGAUCCAGAAAAGGAAAAAGUUUAACAAAGAGCAGAAACAGACUGCUGCCAAAAGUGAAAACAGAAAGGUUGGUGGGCAAAGGAGGAAAAAUAAGAAUGAGUCUGAAGAGGAAAGUGAGUCAUUUAAGGUGGGGAGGGUUCAGAAAGAGAAAAGAGAUGACUGGAGUGAGAGUGAAGAGGAAAAGAAAGGAGGUCGCUGCAAAAAUAGGGAAGGCAAGGCAAAAGGGAGAACUCGGAAGUCUCAGGAGGAGACCGAGAGUGAGGCUGGUUCGGAGAGUGACUCAGAGAAGAGACCCAGGGGGCGAAAGAAUAUAGCAAUUAGUAAACAGAAGAAAAAAAGCACGAGCAUAGAAAUACUGGACAGUGAUUCAGACAACAGUGAGGGCAAAAGUCAAAUGAAGGUGACAACACAGAAAGGGAAAACUAGAAAGGUAAGUGAAGAAAAAUGGAGCUCUAAAUCCGAGAGUGAUUCAGAAGACGAGAGCCAGCCUAAGAGAGGAGGAUUGAAAAGGACACAGAAGAAGAAUGUGGGCAGAAAGAAACUGGUGGAAGUACAGGAGAGGAAAAAACAAGUCAUGCCCAAAGGGAGUGUGAGCAGUGAAGAUUCAGAAACUGACUCAGACAAGCGGAAGAGAUUGAAACAAAAUAAGAAGGGAAUGCUGAAAGCCAGUUGUAGUGAAAGUGAAUCGCAGAGUGAGGUAGAAGAGAAAGUAAAGGAGAAAGGCCAGAGCUGGAAGAAGACUCCAAGCAGCGACGAAUAUGAGAGUGGGCCAGAAGAAUGUGAAACUACAAUUCAGAAAAAGAAAAUGGAAUGGAAAAAGAAGAGCGAUAGUAUGUCUGAGAGUGAAUCUGGCCAGGAGGAAAAGAAAGGAGCAGAGAAGUCCAAGAGAGACAGCAACACGGAAUCAGAGGCUGAUUCUGAGGACUCUGGGAGGGAAUUGGUGAAAAGGAGACAAAGUCAAGGCCAGCAAAAGAAAGAAAAAGAGAAGCCCAAAAGAAGACAAAAGGAAGGAUCAGAGAAUGAAUCUGCUGAGGAAGAGGAACCAUCCAGCUCAGAAGAAAAAGUUAACUCCACUUCUUCUAAACAGCGGCAUCAAGGAAAGGACAAAGACAGUCAUUCUGGGAAAGGUGAGGAGCACCCCUCCAUCCGACGCCUGAAGCGCUACAUCCGGGAAUGUGGGGCGAGGCGGAAUUACAAGAAAUUGUUUGAAGGUUGCCGAUCCCGCAAAGCCCAGGAGGAGAUCCUCAAACGGGAGUUAGAAAACCUUGGCAUGAAAGGGGCACCAUCUCUAGCAAAGUGCAAGGAACUGAAACAGAAGCGUGAAGAAGCAGCUGAAGUGGCUUCACUCGACCUGAGCAACAUUAUCACCACAGAAGGCCGUCCAAGGCGUCGCAAUGUCUGGAGUCUCUAUAGCAAACCUCAGGAGCCUCCCAGUUCCCCAGAGGAAGCUCCUAUCCGCCGUCCCACUACAGACUGGUCCUCCCUUCGUGGGGUUAUCAGUUCAGAUGAGGAAAGCGAUUGACUUGGGGCAGGAAAGGGGCCUUGAUGGGUCAACUGUUGUCUGAGCUGUGAAGAGAAGUACGUAUUUGGCCGAUGUGACAGCCAGGAGGGACAGAUUACUUUGUUUUACAUUCCAAAUAUAAGUUACAAGGCCUUGCCUAAGCUGUAAGCUUUUUGCUGCUGCUGCCAUUUUUUGUUAUCAGCAAAAUGGGACGUGAUGGCCUCUGUUAAAGACAAGUCCUCAUCUCCUGGAAUCAUAUCUGCUCAGAGAGGAAGAGUUGCAGAAGGCUGAAGAUACUCAGUACCUUGAAAAAUACCUGAGCUGUUUGGAUACUGUUAUUGAUGGUGGUCUUAUCAUUUUCCCCAUCUGAGAAAUGAAGUAUGUAUUGGAAGAGAGUUCAAUUUGUUUGUUUGCUUUUAUUUCGCAUCAGCCCAGGGACCUUGCAUUUUUUUCUAUGUCUCACAGGCAUAGGUUUGCCUUCUCUCUUGGUGCAGCCCAAAGGAGUAUGAUUUGUCCUGUAUUAAAUGCCAUAGGUUGGGAUGAGGGCAAAUAUAGCUUUGUUAUCAGGGAACAUGCUUCCCUGUUGUAAAUGUUUUGUGUUGGAAGUUUCAUAUGGCUUGAAAAUAUUUGAAAUGUUUUUUUAAUCCCUUAAAUAAAAUCUCUUUUAGACUUCAA